GUUAUAUCAAUUUAUAUGCUUACAAACAUACAUAUGCUAUCAUUUUCAAAUAUAUUUAUCAAAUAUGAUAACAAUCGCCAGUUAAUUAUUUUAAGGGUAUAUAUAUAUAUAAGUGCUGUAUUUUUGUUAAUAUGCCAUACAAUUAGUUUAGUGCCAUUUCAUUGUUAAUAGUAUUGAUAUCGUAAUUUAAUUUAACCCCAUUUAAUAAUGAAAGUCUACUUUGCAAUUGCUUUGAUAUUGUCAAUGAUUGCAUCACUGAUAUAUUGUGCUCCAAGCCCUCAAAGACAUCGCCACGGCGGACAUCAUUUUGGUGGUCAUGGAGGUGGUCAUCAUUUUGGCGGCCAUGGAGGUGGUCAUCAUUUUGGAGGCCAUCACGGUAAUAGGCAUGGUGGUCAUUAUGGAGGCCAUGGAUUUGGCGGCUAUGGCGGCGGAUUCAGACCAGGUUUCGGUGGUUUCAGACCAGGUUUCGGUGGUUUCUUUUAAUCGACUGGUUUUUAUGUGUGAUCGUCAUAAUUAGUAAUAAAAACUUAACGCAAUUUUUUUAAAUAAAUUUUCCGCUGUUUGUAUGUUUGUGUUUUAUACGACAAUAUUUAUAUUUAUUUUUUAUCAAU